GGCGGGAGGAGAAACUGCAGCUCGGUGUACUUCCUGCUCCUGAUGUUCACAGAGGUUGUUGCUGUUGUUGUUGUUGUAGUUUCUGUUGGUUCCGUGAACUCAGCGACGAGAGACUCAGUGAAAACAGCACAGCUCCCAGGAUGGACUCCAGUGGGAAACCCUCCACUGCACAGAUCGUGGUUCUGGCCACCAGCUCGGCGCUGACCGGCCUCUUCUACACCAUCUACAAGAACAGAGCCACCACUGUUGCCAGACUAAAGGAAGCGAAGAAAGUGACCAUUGAUAAGGAUUUGUGUAACCUCCUGUCUGAAACUCCAGGGAGAUGUGUCCCCUACGCAGUCAUAGAAGGCGCCGUGAGGAACGUGAAGGAAACUCUGAGCAGUCAGUUUGUCGAUAACUGCAAAGGCGUCAUCGAAAGACUGACGCUGAAGGAGGAGAAGAUGGUUUGGAACCGCACCACUCACCUCUGGAACAGCACAGAGAAAGUCAUCCACCAGCGAACCAACACAGUCCCGUUUGCCCUCGGGUCUCACGACGAGGACGUCUCUGCCUUUGUGCGGGUCAUCCGUCCGCUGGACGCUGCAGAGCUGGACCUGGAGACCACCUACGAGAACUUCCACCCCACUGUCCAGUCCCUGUCCAGUGUUAUCGGCCACUUCAUCAGCGGGGAACGGCCCAAGGGGAUCCACGAAACCGAGGAGAUGCUGCGGGUGGGAGACAGCGUCACGGGGGUGGGAGAGCUGGUGCUGGACAACAACCUCAUCAAGCUCCAGCCUCCCAAGCAGGGCUUCCCCUACUUCCUCACCCGGCUGGACUACGACUCUCUCCUGGGGAAGCAGGUGAAGAGCGUGAGACUGUGGAGGAUUCUGGCUCUCGUCUCCGGCUUGGCCGCCUGUUCGACGUUCUUCUACAUCCUGUGGAAGAGAUACGUGCUUCACAAGCAGAGUAAGAAGGAGAGGAGCAUGCUGGAGGAAUUCAAGGAGCAGCAGAAGAAACGCAUGCGUGAACUGAACAUCGAGGAGAGCAGCGUGUCGCCCACCAGCUGUACUGUGUGUCUGAGCCGGGAGCGCUCCUGCGUGUUUCUGGAGUGUGGUCACGUGUGUGCGUGUUCUCAGUGCUAUGACGCCCUGCCACAGCCAAAGAAAUGCCCCAUCUGCAGGGCGACUAUAGACAGAGUGGUGCCUCUGUACAACAGCUAAUGUGGACGUUUCACACACAGAGACUACUCAGCAUUUCACAGUCACGGAAACACGUCAUUCACAAACUGUCGUCUGCGGCUCCAGAUGAUUAAUAGCUGCAGGUCCUGUUUUUCUUUCCCGUGAAAUGGUCAAAUCCUAUUUGGAAACUAUAAUUCAUCUUGAUAAAGAAAAUUGAAUUCCUUCUUUCAGCCUUACAAUGAAAUGUUGUUCUUCUGUACACAGAAAUACUGAUCAGAUAAGUCAUUGAUCUGUUUCCUGAUAAAGAUAAAUAAUUUAUGUUAAGAGAGUUUUUUGAAUGUUUUUUUAAUUUAAUAAGCCUAUAUCUCAGCAGAAGAGCAAAUGAACAUGUAAUGAACAGCAUCUGAAUAAACAUUAAAGAAAUUAGAAAACAUAUCUGUAACAAAGCAUACGACAGCAUAAAAACACUUUAAUACUUGGAAUUGUUUGGUUUGAAAACUUUUGAACAUGUUAAAGUCACAUAAAUCCUCAAAAUAGCUGCACGACAACAUAUACACAACAAAAAAAAAACAUGCCAAAAGGUUCAUGUCAGCACUUUAUAAGCUCAUAAUUGUUUAAUGUAAUUUAAUUGGUAAUUUAAUCUGCCAGUUAAAUGUUGUGGAGCUGAAUUUAUAAGGGACAUAAAUUGUAAGGAUGAAAAAGUGCUUCACUGCAUUUAAGAAAAUGUAUAUAGUUACUGUA